AAAGGUGAUACCGGAGAAGCUGGAGCAGCAGGCGCAAAAGGUGAUAAAGGCGAUACUGGUAUGAAAGGUGAUACCGGAGCAGCUGGAGCAGCAGGCGCAAAAGGUGAUACCGGAGCAACUGGAGCAGCUGGAGCAGCAGGCGCAAAAGGUGAUACCGGAGAAGCAGGCGCAGCAGGCGCAAAAGGUGAUACCGGAGAAGCAGGAGCAGCAGGCGCAAAAGGUGAUACUGGAGCAGCAGGCGCAGCAGGCGCAAAAGGUGAUACCGGAGCAGCAGGCGCAAAAGGUGAUACCGGAGAAGCAGGCGCAGCAGGCGCAAAAGGUGAUGCCGGAGAAGCAGGCGCAAAAGGUGAUACCGGAGAAGCUGGAGCAAAAGGUGAUACUGGAGAAGCUGGAGCCAAAG